GGAGGCCGAGGGCUACCAGGCGGUGCUCGGUGAGAGCCUGGAGCACGGGGGGGUGCUGGACCACCGUGAGUAUGUGGUCUACCGCAGCGCCCAGGUCCUGCCAAGGUACCUCCUAUGGUAUCGCCAUGAGGACUGCCCCUGCUUCCGCUGCCGCGCGGCCUUUAAGCUGCCGACGUUGCCCCCACUGCGCCUGCCGAUGCCACACGCCUCACGGGACGUGAGCCCCCAGGCAAGCCCAAGGAGGAGUCCAGCGUGCAGCCCGGCGCCCGAGGUCCCGCGGCCGAAUCCCCCGCCGCCCCCGGCGCCGCCCCCGGCGCCCUCGCCGGUGUCGCGAAGCGUGCCGGCGAGCGCCCGGCGCAUGUACAACUGGGAGAGCUUUGCGGCCCAGCGUGCCUGCAGCCGGGAAGGUCCGCAGUCCGCCCGGCUGCGGACCUGGGCGGAGCGACAGACGAGGA